AUGGAAGUACAAUUUACGCAACUUAUGUCGUCACUCGCCGAGACACUACGUACAGUGCAGAACCAACAAGCGCAGAUGCAAACCAUGUUUAUGCAGCAACAGCAAACUACAAGUAAUAACACAGUAAGUGGUAUUGUUUUACAACCUUAUGACGAACUCCACGAAUCUUUUGGAUCAUACAUACAAAGAUUGAACAAUUAUAUUAAUCUUAAAGGGGUUACAAGCCCUGUUACAAAGUUGCAAAUCUUCUUAAAUUGUAUUGGUGCUAAAUAUUACCAAGUCCUCAAAAAUAUUACUGCUCCAGAUACACUGGAAAAUAAAACAUAUGAACAACUUGUUGAGAUAUUAAAGAACCAUAUUGCACCAGAACCAGGAGAAGUUGCUCAACAACACAAAUUCUGUUUAAGGAUUCAAAAUGAAAAUGAAUCUAUCGCUAACUACGUAGCGGGACUAAAGGAAAUAGGAGGAAAAUGCAAUUUUAUCUGCAAUUCAUGUAAAUCUACAACAUUUGAUACACAUUUACGUGUACAAUUCAUACGAGGUCUUCGCAGUUCAGAAAUUAAAGAAAGGAAAGUCGACCCAGUAGUGGGAAGAGAAUGGUUAAGAAAAUUAGGAGUACGUUUGGAAAUAAAUAAAAUAGAGAUAGGGAAAAAUGAUAUAACUGAAGAACAAUACAAGAAAAAUUUAGAAAAAUUAAUAGAUCAAUAUAGAGAGAUAUUUUCAGAAGAAAUUGGAGAAAUAAGGAACUACACAGUGAAAUUCAGCUUAAAAGAAAAUGUUACACCAAUUUUCAUCAAGGCAAGACCAGUACCGUUUGCACUAAAAGAAAAAGUUGAAAACGAAAUUGAUCGAUUAGAGAAGGCUGGGAUAUUAGAGAAAGUUACAUAUUCACAAUGGGGAACGCCUGUAGUACCAGUCGUGAAGCAGAAUGGCAGUGUACGGUUGUGUGCUGAUUACAGAGCCACAUUAAAUAAAAAUUUACUUGAUGAUAAGUACCCAAUCCCAAGAGUGGAAGAAGUUUUCUCCAAACUAAGUGGUGGUAGAUAUUUCUGUACCUUGGAUAUAAAUCAGGCAUAUUUACACAUGAAAACUGACCCAGCCACAGCUGAAAUGCAAGCCAUCAGCACAUGCAAAGGUACAUUUAAAGUCAAUAGACUAAUGUUUGGUGUCAAAGUCGCUCCAAAUCAAUGGCAAAGAUACAUGGAUCAGACCCUCCAGGGACUACCAGGUACAGCCUGUUUCUUCGAUGAUAUAGCUAUUCAAGGACAGACAUACAUAGAAUUAUUAAAAAGAAUACAAACUAUCUUUCAAAAGUUAAAAGAGUGUGGACUACAUUUAAAUAAAAAUAAAUGCCAAUUCUUGAAGAAAUCUAUUACAUACUUGGGACAUAAAAUAAAUGAGAACGGCUUGCAUCCUACUGAAGAAAAAGUAAAUGAUAUUAAGAAUAGUCCACGUCCCACUGAUGAAUCUACAUUAAGAACAUUUCUAGGAAUGGUUAAUUAUUACCAACAAUUCAUUCCUAAUCUAGCUUCAAAACUAAAUCCUCUAUAUACACUUCUACAGAAAAAUAUAAAAUUUAUAUGGUCAAAAGAAUGUGAAACUUCAUUUCAAGAAUUAAAGAAGGAAAUAUGUAGCGAAAAGGUACUUACACCCUUUCAUACACACUUACCAAUUACAUUAGCUACUGAUGCAUCACCUGUUGGAUUUGGUGCAGUGUUGUCACACAUUAUGCCAGAUAAUAAGGAGAGACCGAUAGCAUUUGCAUCGAGAUCACUUACCAGUGCAGAAAAAGGCUACAGCCAGCUGGAUAAAGAGGCAGCAGCAUUGAUAUGGGGUUUGAAAAAGUUCUUUCAUUAUUGCUAUGGACGCAAGAUUACAUUAAUAAUUGACAAUCAACCACUAGCAAGAAUACUUCAUCCGGAAAAGCCUAUGCCUACAACUACCGCUGUAAGACUAUUACACUAUGCAAAUUUUCUUGCUGGAUUUGACUACAAUAUAAAAGUACGGAAGUCUACGGAACAUGCAAAUGCAGAUUAUUUCUCAAGGUUAGAACACCCUACAGUAAACUAUAACCAACUAACAGAUGAUGAUGUAUUCUACUUGAAUCAACUUACAGUACUACCAGUUACAUUCCAGAAAAUUAAAGAAGCUACAGCUAAAGAUUUAGAAUUACAGAAAUUAUAUCAGGAUAUUCAAUCAGGUACAAAUUAUACAAAAGGACUACAUGAAUUUUCUAUACAAAGUAACUGCAUUUUCUAUGGAAUAAGAAUAGUCAUUCCAAAACAAUUACAACCUGCAAUUCUACAAGAAUUACAUACAGCUCAUACUGGUAUUGUAAAAAUGAAGGCACUAGCAAGAAGCUAUGUCUGGUGGAAAAAUAUAGAUGCAGAUAUAGAAAGAAUGGUAAAUGAAUGUAAACCAUGUUGUUUAUUACAGAAAAAUCCUGCAAAAAUACCUAUACACAGUUGGGAAUACCCAAAAGAACCAUGGAGUAGAAUUCACAUUGAUUAUGCAGGACCAUUUUUUGAUCAAUAUUUUCUAAUUGUUGUGGACGCAUACACCAAAUGGCUAGAAGUAAUACCUACUACAUCCAUAACAACUACAGCUACUAUUAAAAUAUUAAAAAACUUAUUUACUACAUUUGGACUACCUAUAACUAUAGUAUCAGAUAAUGGAAGACAGUUCCGUUCAGAAGAAAUGAUGACAUUUCUGAAAGAAAAUGGAAUUCAGUCCAAGUUUACAGCACCGUUUCAUCCAUCUACAAAUGGACAGGCUGAAAGAUAUGUACAAACUUUUAAAAAUAAAAUUAAAAGCAUGAUCCAUGAGAAAGGCACAUUAAUGGAAAAGUUAUCAAGAUUUUUGAUGAUGUACAGAAAAACUCCUAAUAAUACUACAGGAUUAAGUCCAGCGGAAAUGAUGUUUAAAAGAGAAGGAGACAGAGUGCAGAUUAGAUUCUAUGACAGUAAUAAAUGGAAAAUUGGGAAAGUAAUACAAAAGAAAGGAAAACUACACUACAAUGUGGAAGUGGAUGGAAAAAUACAUACAAGGCAUAUAGAUCAGAUAAGAAGAACUAUGUGUACUCAAGGAAAUGAUGUUACAUACUUACCUCACUUACCUAAGUUGAUAGCCACGCCAGCUGCGACAUCUGUAUCAUCACCUGAAAAAGAAAGAAGAUUGAAUUAUACACCUGAUGGGAGAGAAUACUUACCUGACUCACCUGUACUGGAAACUUCACCCUGCCAUGAAACAGGAACGGAGAAUAAUAAGCCUGUUUCGAAAAGAAAAUCUUUAUUUGUUCCAGGUUCUAUUACAGAGAAUGUGACACAGCCACAGCUCGCACCAGUAGCUACGCCGGCAUCUCCGAGUGGUGUCGAGCAACCAGUUGUGCUUCGCCGAAGUACGAGAAUCAGAAAACCUACAAACAGAUUGAACCUUUAA